GUUUCCGCCGAAUUUUCGCACUUCGAUUAGUUAAGCCAAGGCGGCUAGGUGAAAGUGUACACAAUUUUCCGCAGAUUUUUACGCACAGCUAACAACACCAUGGGUGGCAAGUACAAGAUCGUGAUGGUGCGCCACGGCGAGUCCGAGUGGAAUCAGAAGAAUCAAUUCUGCGGCUGGUUCGAUGCCAAUCUCAGCGAGAAAGGCAAGGAGGAGGCUCUAGCCGCCGGCAAGGCCGUCAAGGAGGCCGGUCUGGAAUUCGAUGUGGCCCACACCUCGGUUCUGACCCGCGCUCAGGUUACACUGGCCAGCAUCCUGCAGGCCAGCGGCCACAAGGAGAUCCCCAUCCAGAAGACCUGGCGCCUAAACGAGCGCCACUAUGGUGGACUCACUGGCCUGAACAAGGCAGAGACUGCCGCCAAGUACGGUGAGGCUCAGGUGCAGAUCUGGCGUCGCAGCUUCGAUACCCCGCCACCACCAAUGGAGCCAGGCCAUCCGUACUACGAGAACAUCGUGAAGGAUCCCCGCUAUGCCGAUGGACCCAAGCCGGAGGAGUUCCCCCAGUUCGAGUCCCUUAAGCUGACCAUUGAGCGUACGCUGCCCUAUUGGAACGAUGUCAUCAUUCCCCAGAUGAAGGAGGGCAAGCGCAUCCUGAUUGCCGCCCACGGCAACAGCCUGCGCGGUAUCGUCAAGCAUUUAGACAAUCUGUCUGAGGACGCCAUCAUGGCUUUGAACCUGCCCACGGGCAUUCCCUUUGUCUACGAGCUGGACGAGAACUUCAAGCCGGUGGUGUCCAUGCAGUUCCUCGGCGACGAGGAGACCGUCAAGAAGGCCAUCGAGGCUGUGGCUGCCCAGGGCAAGGCCAAGUAGAAGGUGUCAUUAUCGAAUCCCACACAAAAGCCGGCACAAAUCAGAAGCAUGUGAGAUGGCGCCCUCCGUGUUCACUAUAUCCUACUCGUUGUUGUUGUUCGCGUAGCAGAAUAAUUGGUUUAAAUCCCAACUAAAGUUAAUAAAUAAUUUAUUAUUACACACACCCAA